AUGGUCAUAAUGGAUACAUCGACUGACCAACAAUUGCCAUCUUUAUUGUUAAAUAUAUUCUUUUUAGACAUGACAGUGGUGACCACGGUGAAUGGUGCAACACUCCUCAUCCUGAACGGGUAUUCCUUCACAAACCCUGCACCAAUGACAGGCGGGGAACGCUGGUUCUGUUCGGGAAGAAUCAGGUGGAAAUUUGAAGGAGUCACAGUUGAAGCACUUGCAAUUGAAGCAGUGGCAAUCGAACCGGUCGAAGGCCCACUAGAGGGAGUCGAAGCCGUGGAUACUAACACUGCCAAUAUUGCUGAAGAAUUAGAAGAAAAAUAUGACAUUGAAACUAAGGAGGAAACGAUUGCAGAAGGUGUAGAUGGAGUAUCAAAUAAUGUAGCUCUUUUAGUAGAGUCACGCAGAGGAAAAACAGUUCUCCAAUACAAUGGUCAUAGAUACCGCCAAGCAUAUAAAACCAAGAGUGGAACCCGUUGGAAUUGCUCCGUUAACAAACAUUGCACCGCUUUUCUGUUUAUAAAUGACCAAGACGAGAUCCUGAUGUCGUAUGAAGAACAUGAUCAUCAUCGACCAACAAGGUUCGAAAAUGUCGACACGGACCAAAGUGAUACGGCUGUGGUUAUAACGUCCCGAAAAGGCAAGGAGAUGCUUUUAUUCCGCAAGUUUACAUAUCGGAAGCAGUACGACAAGGGCAACAGAUCUCGUUGGGUUUGCUCCACUCUCAAGAACUGCCGUGGUUGUGUCUUCACCGAUAACAACAACUACAUCAUUUCUGCCUUCGAAGAGCACUGUCAUAAUCCCCCGAAAUACUAUCUUAAGCCAGAUCAUCUAAUCGGAGCCCUUAGGGAACCACUAAUUAUAGAGACCGAUUGA